AUGUUCUCAGGUUCACAAGGGAAGAAGUCCACUGGCAGUGGACAAUCCAUAAAGAAGCUCAAGAUCACGGCGUCAGGAACCAAUUCUAAAAGUAGUGGCAUCCAGCGACUGAAUUCGAUACCUUUUUCUCUGUCCGCCUUUCAAGAGUCUCUAUCUGACAACGAAAGGAAGCUUCUCCAGCUCGAGUGUGAAAUGAUGGGAAAGAGUUGGCUGAAGCUUUUGAAAGACGAGAUCAAAAAGCCAUACUUUAUAAACUUGAAGCAAUUCUUUCCAUCCAAUAAAAAACCUCUGUCUAAAAGCCAACUUCCUUCAGCAAAAAACAUUUACAAAUGGUCGGAUACACCAUUGGGAAAAAUUAAGGUCGUUAUCAUUGGUCAAGAUCCAUACCAUGGGGCGGGUCAAGCACAUGGGCUUUGUUUUUCGGUUCCGGUCGGCGUAGGGAUUCCCCCGUCUUUGAGAAACAUUUAUGCGGAACUGAAGGCUGAGUAUCCCGAGUUUGAACCGCCUAAACACGGAAAUCUCUCGAGUUGGGCUAACAACGGUGUACUGAUGUUGAAUACCUGUCUGACCGUUCAGGCUAACAAUGCGGGAUCUCAUUCAAAUAAGGGUUGGGAACAAUUUACAGAUAAAGUAAUUGAUGUGAGUGAUGGACCUGACAACGGAGUUGGCCGAGGCGUUGUUUUCCUUGCUUGGGGUAGCUGGGCAGCAAAAAGGGUAGCUAAAUUGAACAAGAUAAAGCACCUUAUCCUUACCAGCGCUCACCCCUCCCCCUUCUCCGCCAAUAAAGGAUUCCUCGGGAACGGCCAUUUCAAAGAGGCCAAUAGAUGGCUGGUGCAGAGGUACGGGUCUGAGGGGAAGGUGGAUUGGUGUACCCUCCAACCUCAAAUUUAA